CUUCGUACCCCUCUCUACAAAGCCGCUCUUCCGCUCCUCACUUUCCAGCGGUACUCGGAAGGAGUCAUGUCAACGACUGCUGUGCUGCUACUUCUGAUCGUGUUGCUGCUGGGGGUGUUGUUCAUAUGGCGGUGGAGACACUUCUCAUACUUCAAGAGGCUCGGAAUUCCUGGACCCAAGCCGAACCUGAUAUGGGGCAAUCUUAUGGAAUAUCACUCUACGCAUCUCUACAAAGCUGUCGGAGGGUGGAUUGAAAAAUAUGGCGACAUGUUUGGCUUCUACAACGGGGAUGUGCCGUUCGUCGUAACGCAAGACUUGGAAUUGAUUGAGCAGGUGUACGUGCGCAAAUUUCAGAACUUCAUGAAUCGAGGCCUAACGAUGAUGACGGACCAAAUGCACCCGUUCCUCGGCAAGUCCAUCAUUCACGUGAACGCCCCCAUGUGGAAGAGCAUUCGAAACUCUGUCGCAUAUGGUUUCAGCGCAGCGAAACUGAAACAGAUGAUGCCAUUUUUCGAAGAAGACGUCAACUUCCUAUUGAAAUCCUUGGAAAAGAAUGCUGAGACGGGAGAGGAAGUAGAAAUGUAUCGCAAGUACGAGCAGCUGUCCAUGGACUUCGUGGCCCGAGGGGCUUUCGGCAUUGACGAGCGUUUCCAGGAAAAUCCCGACCACCCGCUCUUCGACAUGGCGAGGACCACUUGCUGCAAGCUCAUGACCGGUCCUUUUCACAUGAUCGCACAAAGCACCACAAGCCUGGGACCAGUUAUCAAACUAGUUUGCUGGCUUUCACUUGCAAUCGGAGACUUCGUGUUCGACAUGAUAACAGCUAACACUGCAAAAGUAAUCGAGAUGAGAAAGAAGGAUCCAUCGCUUCAAAAACCAGAUAUUCUGCAAAACUUGCUCGAUGCUGAGUACGUCGAGAGUCAAACCGGCGCAGGGCCAGAGAAAGGAGCAAAUGGAGUUGCCAAAACAAGAGCUUUAACAACUGAAGAAGUAAUAACCAGCGCUGCCACUUUGUUCAUUGCUGGGUACGAAACUAUAGUCACCAGUCUCAGUUACCUAACGUUUACGCUCGCAAAAUACCCGGACAUUCAAGAGAAAGCACGUCAGGAAAUUGAAGAUGUCAUCUUACAGGGGGGUAAAUUGGAUUACGACACAGUAAUGAAGAAACUGAAUUACCUGGAACAGGUAAUGAACGAAACGAUGCGGCUUUAUCCUCCGGGUCUCACGUUUGUGACGAGGCAGGCCAAAGAAGACUUCGAAUACAAGGGGCUAAAGUUCAAGGCCGGAACUUGCUUCAUGGUUCCUCAGCUCCAGAUCCAAAGAGAUCCGCGCUUUUGGUCCGACCCCUUGAAGUUCAACCCGGACAGAUUCGCCCCGGAGAAUGAAGCGGAACUGAAGAAGAUGGCGUUUUGCCCAUUUGGCAUUGGACCCCGCAACUGCGUCGGCUUGAGGAUCGCCACGUUGCAGACAAAAUUCACGAUUGCGAAAGUGUUGCAUAAGUUCCGCCUGGAGCUCGGCCCGUCCCAGAUGGGGAAAAUGGACAUGAGCUCACGAGCCAUGGUGUCAACACCUGCCUGCGGACCAUGGAUAAUCUGUCACCGUUUCAACAAAAGCAGCCUGAACAUGUUGAAAGGCGCUGACUGCGGAGCUCGGGUUUUUCGUAUAACGUGCUUCAAUAUGUUCGUCACGGGCGCACUGCUGUUCCUCGCGGCUGUGCUACUGGCAGCGCUUCUCAUAUGGCGCCGGCAGCAUUUCUCUUACUUCGAGAGAAUUGGAAUCCCAGGACCAAAGCCUAGCCUAAUCUGGGGAAAUAUCCGGGAGUACCACUCAAUGGAGAUUUACAAGGUGAUGGGAAAAUGGCUUGACCAGUACGGCGAUACAUAUGGGUUCUACAACGGCGACGCUCCUUUUGUCGUGACCAGGGACAUAAACUUCGUAGAGCACGUCUUUGUUCGCAACUUUCAGAACUUCGUCGAUCGUGGCAUCACAAUGGUGACCGAUCAAAAUCACCCUGUGUUGAAGAAGUCUAUCUUGCACGCCUGCGGCCUCCCGUGGAAAAGUAUCCGGUCAUGUGUUGCGCAGGGCUUCAGUUGCAGCAAGCUGAAACAGAUGAUGCCACACAUUGAAGAAGAUGCAAGCAUCUUUAUCAAGUCUCUUGAGCAGUACGCGGACACUGGAGAAGAGGUGCACAUGCUUCGCAAGUUUGAGGAACUCUCUAUGGACUACACAGCCCGAGGAGCGUUCGGCAUCGACGAACGCUUUCAAGGGAAGCCUGACCACCCGCUCAUGGCCAUCGCCAAGGCUACCCUAAGGGGUCUCAUAAAGGGACCUUUUCAUAUGAUUGCACAGAGCACGACCUCAUUUGGGGCGCUCAUGAAGCCGCUCUACUGGCUUUCACUUGUCCUUGGAGAAUUUUCAUUUGAAGACCUGAAUGAACAGACAGCCAAGGUGAUUCAACUGAGAAAGGGUGAUCCCUCGCUGCGAAAGCAUGACGUCUUGCAAAAUCUCCUUGACGCGGAGUACAUCGAGGCAGAAGAGGAACGUGGCGAUAACAAAGUUUCAAAUGGAAGUGCCAGAAAGAGGGCUCUGACCACCGAAGAAAUUAUAACGAGCGCUGCAGUGCUUUUCAGUGCCGGGUUUGAAACUACAGCAACGGCUCUGAGUUACAUUGCCUACUGCCUCGCGAAACACCCUGAUGUCCAAGAGAAGCUUCGGCGAGAAGUCCUCGAUGCCGCCGGUCCCGACGGCUCCUUGGACUAUGACACCAUCAUGAAAAAGCUGAAAUACCUGGAACACGUAGUGGAUGAAACACUACGACUUUAUCCUCCAGGAUUAUCGCCCGUGAAUCGACAGGCCAAAGAAGACUUCGAAUACAAUGGUAUCAAGUACAAGGCAGGUACAAACGUCAUGGCGGCGUUGUACCAGAUACAAAGAGAUCCACGAUAUUUUUCGAACCCUCUGGAAUUUAAUCCCGACAGGUUUUUCCCAGGAAGUGAGGCCUCGUUCACGAAAGCAGCACUCAUGCCCUUUGGUGUCGGGCCUCGCAAUUGCGUUGGAAUGAGGCUGGCAUUGCUAAAAGUCAGGUACACUGUGGCCAAGAUGGUCCAGAAGUACCGCAUGGAACUAGGCCCGUCUCAGAAGGGAACCAUGGAGCUGGGCCAAUAUGCGAUGGUAUCGACGCCCGCAAGAGGGCCCUGGAUUGUCCUACACAGUUUGAAAGGCGCUGACCGCGGAGCUCGGGUUUUUCGUAUAACGUGCUUCAAUAUGUUCGUCACGGGCGCACUGCUGUUCCUCGCGGCUGCGCUACUGGCAGCGCUUCUCAUAUGGCGCCGGCAGCAUUUCUCUUACUUCGAGAGAAUUGGAAUCCCAGGACCAAAGCCUAACCUAAUCUGGGGAAAUAUCCGGGAGUACCACUCAGUGGAGAUUUACAAAGUGAUAGGAAAAUGGCUUGACCAGUACGGCGAUAUAUAUGGGUUCUACAAUGGCGACGUUCCUUUUGUUGUGACCAGGGACAUAAACUUCGUAGAGAACGUCUUUGUUCGCAACUUUCAGAACUUCGUCGAUCGCGGUAACACAAUGGCGACCGACAAAAAUCACCCUGUGUUGAAGAACUCCAUCUUGCACACCGGCGGCCACCCGUGGAAAAGUAUCCGGUCAUGUGUUGCGCAGGGCUUCAGUAGCAGCAAGCUGAAACAGAUGAUGCCACACAUUGAAGAAGAUGCAAGCAUCUUCAUCAAGUCUCUUGGGCAGUACGCGGACACUGGAGAAGAGGUGCACAUGCUUCGCAAGUUUGAGGAGCUCUCCAUGGACUACGUAGCCCGAGGAGCAUUCGGCAUCGACGAACGCUUUCAAGGGAAGCCUGACCACCCGCUCAUGGCCGUCGCCAAGGCUACCUUCAGGGGUGUCAUGAAGGGACCUUUUCAUAUGAUCGCACAGAGCACGACCUCAUUUGGAGGGCUCAUGAAGCCGCUCUACUGGCUUUCGCUUGUCCUUGGAAAAUUUUCAUUUGAAGACCUGAAUGAACAGACAGCUAAGGUGAUUCAGCUGAGAAAGAGCGACCCCUCGCUGCGAAAGCAUGACGUCUUGCAAAAUCUCCUCGACGCGGAGUACAUCGAGGCCGAAGAGGAACAUGGCGAUAACAAAGUUGCAAACGUAACUGCCAGAAAGAGGGCUCUGACCACCGAAGAAGUUAUAACGAGUGCUGCAGUACUUUUCAUUGGCGGGUUUGAAACUACAGCAACGACUCUGAGUUACGUUGCCUACUGCCUCGCGAAACACCCGGAUGUCCAAGAGAAGCUUCGGCGAGAAGUCGUCGAUGCCGUCGGUCCCAACGGCUCCCUGGACUAUGAAACAGUCAUGAAAAAGUUGAAAUACCUGGAACACGUAGUGGAUGAAACAUUACGACUUUAUCCUCCAUCAGUAUCGGGUGUGGCUCGACAGGCCAAAGAAGGUUUCGAAUACAAUGGCAUCAAGUACAAAGCAGGUACAAACGUCAUGGCAGCAUUGUACCAAAUACAUAGAGACCCACGAUAUUUUUCGAACCCUCUGGAGUUUAAUCCCGACAGGUUUUCCCCAGAAAACGAGGCCUCGUUUACGAAAGCAGCAUUCAUGCCCUUUGGAGUCGGGCCUCGCAACUGCGUCGCAAUGAGGCUGGCAUUGCUGAAAGUGAGGUACACUGUUGCCAAGAUGGUCCAGAAGUACCGCAUGGAACUAGGCCCCUCUCAGAAGGGAACCAUGGAGCUGGGCCAAUAUGCGAUGGUAUCAACGCCCACAAGAGGGCCCUGGAUUGUCCUACACAGUUUGGCGAAUGAACGUUGAGACAUCUCACUCUCUCAGUGGGUGUUUUAAAUGGCCUCCCC